AUGGUAUCUCUGUGGCCCUGGAAGGGCGAGGACAACUCCCCGGCUUCCUUUGAGAAGACCCUGUCCACGCUGUCGACCAAGAUCGCUCAGACAGCCUCUCGUCUCGACCAGCAGCGCCAAACUACCCGCCGAUUCAAGGCUCUGUGGACCCUCUACUCGACUUUGGCUUACCUGUUCUACUCGAUCGUUCUUGCGCUGGUGUUGGGGUGGGAGAGCUGGGGAAUCAAAGAAUAUGCCGCUAUCGGCGGUGGACCGGUCUUGAUCUACGCCGUACGAGCUUUCGCUUCCAACCUUUAUAACUAUCGUGCCUCCCGAACCCAAACCCGACUCGACGAUCUCCAGAAACGGCGCGAUGAGACCAUCGAAAAGCUCAAGGUGGCCACGAAAUACAAUUCGACGCAGCAUUUGCUUGAGAAAUAUGGUGGGGAGUCUCUGCAACAGAGUCCCAAGGGCGAGGGCGAGAAGCGCAAGUCGGCCAAGGCACCACAACCACAGCCCGUCGCCCGAACUGGACUUGCUCCUCCACCUACCGCGAAUAUUCGACGCCCAUCUGCCAUGCAAGAUAUUCCACAGACCCCAUCUCCGCCUCCCUACGCUUCCCAGGGUCAGCCGCAACCCUUUCCCGCCGCUCCCCCUACCGAUCCCUCUGCCCCUCAACCGGCUACUGACGAGCCAGGCUUCGCGCCAAACGCCUUCUCGAAUUCUGGCCAGUACAUUGAACAACCGCACUGGUAUGACCGCCUGCUAGAUGUGCUGCUGGGCGAAGAUGAGACCCAGCCUCGCAACCGCAUGGCGAUGAUCUGCAGCACAUGUCGACUGGUAAACGGUCAGGCACCGCCGGGCAUUAAGACGCCCGAAGAGCUAGGUCGCUGGCGGUGCGGCAGCUGCGGAGCUUGGAACGGGGUCGAGAGCGAGACGAACCAGAUCCUCACGAGCCUCCGCGAUCAGAUCGCACCGGCAGAGGGAACCUGGGAGCCCGUGUCCCACGCCGAGUCCUCUGAGGCUACGGAUGACGGUGUGAUUGUUGCUGCUGGUGAGGAUGACCAGGCUGAUCGCAAGGGCUUGGAUGCGGAGCUUCAGGACGUCCAGUCUGAGCAAGAAGCCGAAGAGCCCAUGUCGGAGGAGCCCGUCCGGCGGUCGAAACGCGGCCAGAGCAAGGGAGGCAAAAAGAAGGAGUAA